GGCCGCUGGAUUCAUCUCUGCCUUCCUCUUCAUCAUCGACUCGCUCAUGUACUGCCAGGAUCUCCGCUGAGCGAAGUGAUUGCGGUCACGUUCAAGUGGAGUYCCGCAAAGUGAUAUUGAGAAGAACUUCGGGAUCAAGUCAUAGAKUUGACGUUCUAAACGUUUGAAUAUAAUAUAAGAUGUGUUAAUGCCAUUGAUUAGAGUGUUGUUAACUAUUUUGAUCUUUUAAUAAUUGUUUUGAUAGAGUAAUCGACGCAAGCACUGGUUGGUUGAAUAAUGCUAAUCAGUUUUCCUAACUGAAUAUGCUCAUACCUACCUACCUGGUCCUACUUAUGUGCUCAUUCCUACCUACCUGGUCCUACCUAUAUGCCUACCUACCUACGUGCCUAACCCCCAUCAACUCACCUACCCAUCUACCUCUGCCCUACCUCCCUACCUACACCCAACUACCCACCAACCCGUCUAUCUCCUACCUACCUACCUACCUACCCCCACCCACCCACCAACCGGCCGCCUACCUCCUACCUACCUACCUAACCCCACCCACUCACUAACCCGCCUAUCUUCAGACAAAACUGGUAAAUCUCCUACCUACCUACCCCACACCCACACCCACCCACAUACCUCCUAUCUACCUACCUACCUACCUACCUACCUACCUACCUACCUAUCCAUCCUUCUGCCUCCCUACCUCCCUACCACCCUACCACCCUACCUCCCUACCUACCGACCAACCGACUGAUCAACAGGCUGACCAAAAUGACAUGUAUUAUUGCGCUAUUUUUCCUUCUUCAUAAUGCAUGAAGUUAAACACAUCUUCGACUGACAUCGUGACGUAUUCAACUAAGCUGUACUUUUUACUGAUAUCACGCUGGAAAACGUAUAAUCCUUGCGUUACUCGUAUUGGUUUAUGACCUCGCGAAACUAAUACUAUAACUAAACAGUUCAUUUAACUUCCUGUCCUUGAUAAUUACUGGACCACCUGUGGUAGACAAGUCUUAAAAUGCAUCGGGUCCCGUCGUCAGUGUUGAACAAUGGAAAAAUUGCGCAACGACUACAYCAGCUGUCUUUGCGAGCUGUUUCGACAGGAUUUUUUUCGACAGCAUUUUCGAAAGUGUUUGUGAUUGAGUACUUUUAAUUAAUCCACGUAGACACAAAAGAGCUUAUAAUAAAAAAUCGUUAGCACGUGCAAA